AUGCACAGGAAGAAAGUCAUCAAAGUGAAAAAGACAAAAACCAGAGGAAAGAAGAGUGGAAAACGGGAGCCCAAAACAGACAAACAAUUUGCCUUGGAUCAGGCCAAAGCUAAUAUUGCCCUCUGGGAGCUAAAGCUACGGCUAAGUGAGGAGACUCUCGCGGAAUAUCGCGAGAGCUGCGGCCAGCUGGCGCGCGCCAAUGACCAACUCAGCAACAAGUUGGCACACAUGGAGCGGGAAAUCCUGGACGCCACCGCCCACUGGCAGAGGCAGGAUGCCGCUAAAAAUGACAAGGUUAAUGUGCUUCACGACAUGCUCAAAAGUCAAGAGGGGCUAGCUCUUGAGCAGCAGAACAAACUGGUUGAACAUUACACGCUUGAAAUCAAUGAGAUGAAGGAGGUGUUCAGAAAGCGAGCCGGUGAGUUUGAGAUGAUACAGGAUGGAAUAAGGAAGAUUGAGGCGUUCCAGACGAGGAAAGCUCAGAUGGAGCAAGAGCUCAGGGAUAUCAGAAAAAGCAUGGAACUAGCUGAGGAGGAGAACAGGGAAAACCGCAACAAGAUGGAGUACAGAUUCUUCAAAGAAAAGGCUGAACUGGAGAGGGAAGCUGAGCAAAUGAUAGCACAGGUGGAGGAGCAAGCCCACCAUGAAGCUGUUUUACAGCUGGACGACGCCUCACGCUGUGUGUUCAAGGAGAACGUCCGUCUCAAUGAGACACUGAAGCACCACAUGAAGGAGGCAGAGGAGCUGCACAAACUGGUAAAUUCGUUGACGAAGAAAAACACAUCCCUGGCAAUGGACAAGAAGACACUGGAGAUGCUGGCAAAGAUAAAUGCAGCCAAAAUGGUGGCCCAAAAAGAAGAGCUAACCCAUUUGAAAGAAAAAGUAGCUUCUCUGGAGCAGACAGUGGAACAUAAAAGGGAGGAACAAGAGUGUUGUCAGGAGAAGAUGUUGCUCAGUUCCCAGGCCGCCGAGGCAGAGUUAGAGAAGCUUCAGUGGGUGCUCUCUAUGCGGGAGAACGAACUGAAGCAGAUCAAGAGGCUAGCUAGCGCCAUCAUGGAGCAGCGCACCGAGCUGGAGCGCUUCUUCUAUGAGGCACUGGCUCAGGUGAAGGAGGAAAUAGCGGCCAGAGGGCUGCAGUACAAGAAAGAGGCACAGCGAGCUUAUCAGUGGACACUCAAACAGGCCUCAGCAGGAAGGAUCAAGUUCCCACCCAUCCACACCUUCCAGAACACUCUCCACAGCACCAACUCUGUCUACUCGGACAUUGAGAAGGCCGCAAGGUGGAUGCAUCAACCAGGAAGUAAAGUGGAAAUUUCAGACCUCACUUGGGAACAAAAGGAGCAAGUUCUCCGACUCCUGUUUGCUAAAAUGAAUAGUCAAAGGCCAAGGAGAGCCAACAAUCUGGUGCCGUCCUCAUCUGACAGUCAUAUCGCUGGGUCAGACACCAAAUGA